AUGAAUUCCCUUCUUUGUGCUUUAUUCUUGGGAAGUGCGUCGUUCGGCGUUGCCCAUCCCAUUGUCGAGAAACGCGCCGUUACGGCGCUGGACCAAGCUGCCUUUGAGGAAGCCCAACAGCGAGACGAUACGGCCACGAGGGCGUUUUCGUCUAUUCCAAUCAAGACUUCAGAUGGACGAUGCCUCUUCGUCGAUCAGUUGUCUGGAGAUUUUCGUGCCAAUUUGACCCCGAUCCAAGUCGGUUCUUGUGACGGUAGCAUUGAGCAACAGUGGGAUAUCAUCACCGCUGGGAAGCACAACGAUCGGCCAGGGGCCAUGCUGAUUGUCAGCACGUUGGCAAUCUCACAGACGCAAGCUUGCUUCAAUUUCGAUCCCCGUCGCGCCGCGGGAAACCAGGUACUUCUGUUUUCCUGCGGCGGACGUGCCGAUGGGAGUGGAACUGGGACGAACUCGCAGCUUUUCCCUGUCACUGGCAGUGCCGGCCCUCUUACCCUGACUCCCGAAAAUGCACCUGGAGACUGUCUGACCUUCUUCAUGUUCGGUGAUGCGAGUACUGUCAUAACCACUGAUGUGGGUGCUGCAUCUCCUACCGUUGUGACUCAGUCGGUGCCAGCAUCGAUCAUAUCCGCCUCAACCACCUCUGCGACUGCCAGUUCAACCUCGGUGACGCUAUCCCCAACCACAUCGCCACCCUCUGUUGUUGUGAGCACGGUAGCAACCGCGUCUGCCUCCGCUUCGAUAAUCUCCGUUUCCCGUGCUGGCAGUGUCCUCAAUCCCUCUGCUGCAGCAGAAGCAAACCCUCCUGACAACACCGCUACGCGCGCCUUUUCAUCCGUCUCGCUCAAGUCUGCCUCUGGUCUUUGUCUCUUCAUCGAUCCCACGGCUGGCGACUUCCGCGAGAACCUAAUACCGAUCACCCUUCAGCCAUGCGACGGAAGCGCAAACCAGAGGUUUAACAUCAUUACCGCGGGCAUUCACAAUGACCAGCCGAAUUCCGCUCUGAUAGUUAGCAUCCUGACACAGGGAUGUCUGAAUUUCGAUCCUAGGAGGGCCGCUGGAGAUACGGUGAUCAUGUUCAGUUGCGGGGGAAGAGCCGAUGGUAGUGGCCAAGUCACCAACAGUCAGCUUUUCUCCUUUACCGCAGGGGAGGCCAGCUUGAGACUCCAGCCGGAGAAUGGUGCUGGAGCGGUGUGCUUGGUAGCAGAUGCAGCAGGCAGGAUGGAUCAGGCGACUUGCAGUGACAAUCCUAGCCAGGUGUUCAAUAUCAGCUGA